AGAUUUCAGAAUAAGAAUUCAGAACUGUCACUUUGUCGUUUUGAAGAAAACUUCGAUCUUACGAUUGAGUGUUCAAAUAAAAACAACUUUGUUUAAUAACUAGUGACACAGCCAUAUAUAAUUGCAAAAAUAUGGCUACUCCACCGCGUGAAACUAUCCAAAAGCAAAUUCAACAAGACUGGGCUAACAGAGAAUAUAUUGAAGUGAUAACGGGGAGUAUCAAGAAAAUAACAGACUUCCUGAAUUCUUUUGAUAUGUCUUGCAGAUCACGUCUGGCUACUUUAAAUGAGAAGCUCACUUCUCUUGAAAGGAAGAUUGACUAUUUAGAGGCUUGUGUCACAAAGGGCGAGACAUUGACAUAAGUUUAAUUAUAUUUAUGUUUAAGGUAGACUAUUUAUUUCUUUACAAAGUAAGUCGAGGUUUGAUUCAAGGGGACUAUUUUACCUCAAAGCAUGUUUUGUUUUGCCUUGAAAUAUGUGAACCAUUGCAUUAAAAAAAAAAAAACAAAAAUAUAUGUGUUAUGAUGCAGUAUAUAUGUUAAUUCAUUAGUGUGUGGAAAAUGAAAUGCUACAAAUUUUAUAAAAAAAAACACUUAUACCUUAAUUUUACUUUAAAUGAUUUAAAACCAUGCUAAUAUACAGUUAAUAAUAAUAAACCAGACAGAAAUUAUCUAUCAAAAAUGUAGUAGAGAUACAUAUAAAGGAUUGUUAAUAAAAUACAUCCUUAUAAAGUUUAUUAACUUGGUUGCUUGUGCAACUUAUCAACGGUUGGCAAAAUAAUUAUGUAAUAAUAUAAUAUUGUGCUGCCUUUGCUUACACUGCAUUGGGAUGAGGUUUUUAUGAUGCCAACAUGAUAAAA